UGGAGAAGAUUGCGGCGUGUUGAUGGUGCCGCAUGUGUCCCGGUCUGACGGCAGCAGCAGCAGCUGGUCCACCUCACACCUCACUCAUCACCAUGGUGGUCGACGCCGCUCACAACCACCUGCCUCCUGCAGAAGGCGCAGACAAGCCCAAGACCGCCAAACAGCUGGAGAAGGAGGCCAAGAAAGCCGCUAAAUUGGCAAAAUUUGCCGAAAAGAAGGCUAAAGUUGCCGAGCAGUCUGACGGGCCGCAGAAAGACAAGAAACCUAAGAAAGUUGAAGAGAAAAAAGUGAUCACUUACGAUCUAGCAACACCUUCAGGAGACAAAAAAGAUGUUAGCGUGGAGCUGCCGGCCCAGUACAGUCCCCAGUAUGUGGAGGCCGCUUGGUACGCCUGGUGGAAGAAACAGGGAUUCUUUAAACCAGAAUAUGGGGUAAAUCUAGAUGAAUCUAACCCUAAAGGAAAGUUUAUUAUGGUAAUUCCUCCUCCAAAUGUCACGGGAAGUCUUCAUCUUGGCCAUGCAUUGACAAAUUCUGUUGAAGAUGCUAUUUGUCGCUGGCACAGAAUGAAAGGUCGCACAACACUAUGGGUGCCUGGGUGUGAUCAUGCAGGUAUUGCUACACAGGUUGCAGUGGAAAAGAAAAUAAAGCGUGAAGAAGGAAAGUCUCGUCAUGAUCUGGGGCGUGAGGAGUUCAUUAACCGUGUGUGGCAGUGGAAGAAUGAAAAGGGUGAUCGUAUCUAUCAUCAACUGGAAAAAAUGGGAUCGUCACUUGACUGGGAUCGUACUACUUUUACAAUGGAUCCUGGACCUCAAGAAGCUGUGAAGGAGGCCUUUGUAAGACUCCAUGAAGAUGGAACUAUUUACAGGUCUAAUCGCCUUGUCAACUGGUCUUGUACACUUAAGUCUGCCAUCUCUGACAUUGAGGUUGAGAAGAAAGAGCUCCCUGGACGUACAGAACUGCCAGUCCCAGGUUACAAGGAUAAAGUAGAAUUUGGAGUAUUGGUUUCAUUUGCAUACCAAGUAGAGGAUUCAGAUGAACGUAUAGUUGUUGCCACCACUCGAAUUGAAACCAUGUUAGGGGACACAGCUGUUGCAGUCCACCCAAAAGAUGAAAGAUACAAACACCUACAUGGCAAGACACUGACUCACCCCUUCACUAAUCGUAAGCUGCCUAUACUACAAGAUGAAUUUGUCGAGAUGGAAUUUGGUACAGGUGCAGUCAAGAUUACCCCAGCUCAUGAUCCUAAUGAUUAUGAAGUGGGGAAGAGACAUGAACUUCCCUUCCUCAAUAUAUUUACGGAUGAUGGCUACAUCGUAGAAGGAUAUGGACAGUUUACAGGACUGAAACGCUUUGAGGCAAGGAAGGCCGUGUUAGAAGCACUAAAGGAGAAAGGGUUGUAUGUAGAAACAAAAGACAACCCUAUGGUGGUCCCAAUUUGUUCCCGAUCAAAAGACAUUAUUGAGCCCAUGAUCAAGCCACAGUGGUACGUUAAAUGCUCAGAUAUGGCAGCUAAAGCUGUUGAGGCAGUCAAAUCAGGUGAACUGGAAAUAAUUCCCAAAAUUCAUGAAAAAACAUGGUAUCAUUGGAUGGACGAAAUGCGUGAUUGGUGCAUUUCCCGGCAGCUUUGGUGGGGUCACCAAAUUCCUGCAUAUUUUGUGACGAUUAAAGAUCAGAGUCUUCCACCUGGACAAAAUGACGAAUACUGGGUGAGCGGUCGGACAGAAGAGGAAGCACGGCAGAAGGCAGCAGCCAAAUUCAAUGUUUCACCAGAAAAUAUAAAGUUAAACCAAGACCCAGAUGUUUUGGAUACUUGGUUCAGUUCUGGACUUUUCCCAUUUUCUGUUAUGGGAUGGCCUAAACAGACUAAAGACCUAGAGAUGUUUUACCCUAAUACUCUACUGGAAACAGGUCAUGACAUCCUCUUUUUCUGGGUUGCUCGAAUGGUUUUCUUUGGACAGAAACUUUUGGGUAAAUUACCUUUCAAGCAGGUAUACCUUCAUGCCAUGGUUCGAGAUGCACAUGGUCGCAAGAUGAGCAAGUCCCUUGGCAAUGUCAUCGAUCCAAUGGAUGUUAUACACGGAAUUACCCUGGAGGAGCUUAAUAAACAGCUGGAUGAAAACAGUAAUUUGGAUCCCCUUGAAAUAUCAAAAGCCAAGGAAGGUCAGAAACGUGAUUACCCUCAAGGAAUUCCAGAAUGUGGCACUGAUGCACUUCGAUUUGCACUGUGUGCCUACACUUCCCAGGGACGUGAUAUUAACCUUGAUGUUCUUCGUGUGAAUGGAUACAGAAACUUUUGCAACAAACUCUGGAAUGCAACAAAAUUUGCCAUGAUGAAUAUUGGCAAAAAUUUCAAGCCGUAUGAAUCACUGAAAGAGCUGCAGGAAAUGGUGAAAACUUCAAGACAGACGAGCAAGGUUCAGUGCAACACACCUCCCUCUUCUUCCAAUAACAAUAAAAAUAAUAAAUAUAAUUUUGGCAGUUUAUCAGAGUUAAACAAAACCUUAGAACACUUCAGUUAUAUAGAAGGUUUUACACCCACUCAAGCUGAUGUUUGUAUCAUUAAAACAAUUGAAGAUGGGUUGUCACUUUCACAAUAUCCCCACCUCCUGCGCUGGUAUUGCCACAUGGCCAGCUACUCCCAGAGAGAUAGAUACUCAUUUCCCGAGCCCAGUAAUAGGCCUUUGGCUCCAACCUCUGGGCAUAGGGAGAGAGCAAGUCUGAGUAUAGUGGACAGAUGGAUGUUAAGUCAGCUGGCAUAUGCUGUGAAAGAGUGCAACACAGCCUUUGAAGAAUUCAACUUCCCAAGAGCCACUACAGCUCUGUACAAUCUUUGGUGGUAUCAGAUAUGUGAUGUAUACCUGGAAUGCAUAAAACCAGUUAUGUAUUCAGAUAAUGAAGAAGCAAAGGAGUUGAGUCGCAAUGUUCUAUAUACAGCAUUGCAUGUGGGUUUGACACUUAUUUCUCCAUUCAUGCCUUACCUAUCUGAGGAGCUGUUCCAACGACUCCCACCACGCACAACCAAUCAACAGCCAUCAAUAUGUGUCACACCAUACCCGGAACCUGAGGAGUAUAAUAUCUUCCUUGAUGAAGAAGUUGAUGACAAGUUUAGAUUUGGACAGAAAGUCAUCAGUGAGGUGAGGUCAGCCAAAGCAAAAUAUGAUAUACCUCACAAAAUGAAAAUUGAAUUAACCCUUCAGUCGGAAAGUCCUGAGAACCGAGCGACACUGGAAUCUCUCGUCCAGGAUAUUGCUACUUUGUCAGUUGCAUCAAAUGUCAAAGUGUCUACAGAGAAGCCAAAAGGCUCUGUUCCUACUCCUGUUAAUGCAGAAACUGUGGCUUGGAUGAAGCUCCAGGGUCUGGUUAACUUGAGUAAUUGUCAAGAAAAAAUCCAGAAGAGGAUAGAGGAUGCAGAGGAUAGGCUGAAAACUCUUCAGAGUGAGAUCGCAAAGCCAAACUAUGAUAAGGUACCAGCGGAUAUCCGUGCUAAGAACGAUACUAAAAAAUUGGAUUUGGAAGCAGAAUUGGAACAGAGUAAGGAUGCCAUUCAACAGUUGGAAGCCAUGGAAACAGAGUAAAAUUUGAAAGUUGAAUUUCCCAUUGGCUUUGGAUAUUUUGUGGAUAAAUAUUCAGUCCCUCCACUCAUCACAUCACAAAAAUACUAAAUUGUACAGUACAGUACUGAAUUGCCGGAACAUAAGAGGACUUAUGAAUGCAACAGCCUGUCAUUGUGAUUCUCAUAAUUUUGGCUGUUUGAGAUUUGUCAAAAUGCUGUGUGUUAUUUAACAGGACAGGAAGAUAUUUACCGAGGAUGCCUUAAGCUAUGUUUUAUAAGAACACAUUUGGCAUGUUAAUCAGGGUUAAAAAAAAAGCUUGUACUGUAGUCUCAAAUAUAUAAUUUAUUAUAAAUAAAUUUUUAUGGUAAUUUUA